GGCUGGCGGGGCCUCGGACCGGCCUCACCCGCAGCGACCACCGCGGCCAAACGGGCAGGGAACGGCCGCGGAAAGCCGGGGAGGGAAGGCUGAGGGCGUCCCCGGAGCUUCCCAGCCGCGGAGUCGCUGCGUUUUCGCGACAGGCAGCGCUGCUUCAGCUAUAAGCUGGCUUGGGAGCAAUGCCAGUUUCCGCCUUGCCUGGCAGAUGGUGGAAGGAAGGGCCUGAAUCAAAGCACGACCUAUAGCUGGGAAUAACCAGACACGUUAGAACUCGGAUUGGUUUUAACGUGCUUUUUUACUGUGUGUUUUAUAGAUCGAUUUCCUUCAACAGCACCAAAGGCAAGAGGAUGGAGGCAGAAAAUGUUGCCAAGGAAACGGUCCUAAUUACUGGAGGAGGUGGCUAUUUUGGCUUCCGGUUGUGCCAUAUACCAAAUGGGAGUGGAUGUGAUUCUCUUUGAUGUCAUGAAGCCACUUCAACCAGUGCCAGAGGGAAUAAAGUUUAUGCGAGGGGAUGUCUGCUGUCUGUCUGAAGUGGAAGAGGCUCUUAAAGAUGUAAUCUGCGUAUUCCAUAUCGCUUCCUAUGGAAUGUCUGGCAGGGAGCAGCUGAACCGAAAACUUAUAGAAGAUGUUAACGUGAAAGGAACAGAAAAUGUCAUCCAGGCCUGCAAGAGCACAGGAGUGUCAAGUCUGGUUUAUACAAGUACAUAUAACGUGAUAUUUGGAGGCCAGAUUAUAGAAAAUGGGGAUGAAUCUCUGCCUUAUCUACCUCUUCACCUUCAUCCAGAUCACUACUCCCGGACCAAAUCUUUAGCUGAAAUGAAGGUGCUGGAGGCAAACGGUGCUGAGCUUGGAAAUGAGAAAGGUGUAUUAAGGACUUGUGCUCUCCGACCAGCAGGUAUCUAUGGGCCAGGAGAGCAAAGACAUCUUCCAAGAAUAGUUAGUUACAUUGAAAGGGGACUGUUUAAAUUUGUAUAUGGAGACCCUCUCAGUUUAGUAGAAUUUGUACAUGUAGAUAAUCUUGUUCAGGCUCACAUCCUUGCCUUUGAGGCCCUCAAAGCCACCAAAAAGCACAUAGCUGCAGGCCAAGCCUAUUUUAUUUCAGAUGGCAGGCCAGUAAAUAACUUCGAAUUUUUCCGACCAUUAGUAGAAGGGCUGGGUUAUAAGUUCCCAACCUGCCGCCUUCCUCUCUCCCUUGUCUAUUUUUUUGCAUUCCUUACUGAAAUAGUUCAUUUUCUUGUAGGUCAUGUUUAUAAUUUUCAGCCUCUCCUCACCCGCACAGAAGUUUACAAAACCGGUGUCACACAUUAUUUUAGCAUGGAGAAAGCCAAGAAAGAGCUGGGGUAUAAGCCUCAAAAAUACAGCCUGAAUGAAGUGGUUGAGUGGUUUAAAUCUCAGGGCUGUGGACCAAAGCCAAGAAAGUAUACCAUUACGAAGGUUGUUAGGAAUGGAGGAUUGCUCUUGUUGAUUGCCGUGGUGGUUGCAUGGUUUCCAUCUGCAGUUACAUUUUCACACUGAAAGAUGAAACACUGAACAUUAUGGAAUGUGGGGGACAGAAUUUACUUAUGUUGAGUACUCGUUAGUGUUGACAGGUAUUAAAAAAACACAUUGGUGCUAUUCAGGUAAAUAUUUUUAACAUUUCUAGCCCUAAGGAACGGAACUGCUAAGUAAAAAAGAUGUAAUUUUUAUACAAAAUUCCUCUUCAAAGUGAAAUUGAUCAGAUCACUAAUAAGACAAAGCUUAGUACUCCUGCAAAAACAGCAUUUUUUUGUCUGUUACAGUGGUACACUUAGACUGACCCUUCCUCCCCAACAAUAUUAUACUCUGCCCCUUUAUUCCUAACAAGUUUCUGCUACAUGAUCCAGAGGAGAAUAAACUUGCUCUUUGAUCACAUUCCAAAACCAAAUUCUGCUUUCCAGCUUGGAUGUAUAUAUGCCUGACCAAGAAUUUGCCUUAGUUGCUUGAUUAACUGUUUAAGUGAUAGACAAUAAAUGAAUGUUUUGGGGAUUGUUUUGCUUUUUUAAAAAAAAUAAAUUCUGAUGUACUUCUCUAAGUAAACUCUGAUAUCUAAUGACACUUCUGGAAAAUGUUGAAUUGUUAAUAAAAUGACAGCGAAGUGCUUGAAGCAA